AUGACUGUCUUUGUGGCUACUCUGUUUCUACCCUACACGGUCAACUUUGAUGUCCGUUCACCUUCAAGACCAGUGUCUCCAGAAUCAACAAGGCCUCAGACUUCCGGUGCGCCCGCGACCACUCCUGUCACUGGCCCUACUGUAAGCCUCUUCACCCCAAGCGCAGCUCUUCAUGAGAGCCCCGGGCCCAUCAUACAGACCCCAGGCGCGACUACCGACCUGGAGAGGAUCUUCCGCCCUCAUAUCGAGAGACCAAUCAGUCUAAGGCUGCCUAGUCACAUCAAACAGACGGACCCUACAACUCCAGCCACCAGAGACCCUAGGACGAUCUCGCGGGCCGAUCUACAUUCUCCGACCUGGGGUAAAGCUGUAACAUGGAAUCAGCCUCCCUCACGUGCAAAGUCACCUCCCCCGAGUUCCAUCCUUAGACAUGCUGGUGCUCGCGUCACAAGAGAGAGGGCCGCGGCUAUGUUGAACCAUGCUCAAAAUAAGGUUAUUGGGCGUCGCCAAAGAGCACGAACGGCCAGCCAUGAGCGACGAUUCUCGGAAUACAGCUACACAGUGGAGAAGGCUCAAAUCGGCAAUGGUGGACUGUUCAAUGCAAUCGAUGCAGUGACGGAUGCUGGAAUUCUUGAGGACAAGACCUGGGUCGGCACCAUAGGUUGCCCCACUGAAGCUCUAGAGGAUCAUUUGAGAGCAAAUAUUGCCGAAAAGCUGGAGAACGACUACGAUUCCUUGGCUGUUUAUGCUAGUGACAGUGAUCUCAACGGUCAUUACGAACAUUACUGCAAGACCAUUCUUUGGCCGGUGUUCCACUAUCAAAUCCCUGAUCAUCCAAAGAGCAAGGCGUAUGAAGACCACUCGUGGGUUUAUUAUGUCAAAGUCAAUGAAGCUUUUGCCGCUCGCAUUGCCAAGAACUACAAAAAGGGCGAUGUUAUCUGGAUCCAUGACUAUCAUCUUCUCCUGGUUCCCGGUCUGCUGCGAAAGAAGAUCCCCGAAGCGCAGAUCGGUUUCUUUCUUCAUACAGCUUUCCCUUCAUCGGAGAUCUUUCGAUGCUUGGCUGUCCGCACGGACCUGUUGGAGGGCGUUCUAGGUGCGAGCAUGAUUGGGUUCCAGAACGAUGAAUAUGGUCACCAUUUCCUCCAGACCUGCAGCCGCCUGCUAAAUGUGGAAGCAACCAAGCACGGCGUCAUCCUCGAGGAUGGGCGAUUCGUUCAUGUGCAAACCUGUCCCAUUGGCAUUGAUCCCAAAUCUCUCGAGGUGCAAAGACAAGUUCCAGAAGUUGCUGAGUGGGUCCGGACGAUUGCCGAAAAGUAUGCAGGCAAGAGAAUCAUUGUCGGUCGUGAUAAGCUAGACAAUAUUCGUGGAGUGCGCCAGAAGAUGCUGUCAUACGAGUUGUUCCUUAAUAAGUACCCUCAGCACAAGGACAAGGUCGUCAUGAUUCAAAUCGCCACCUCAUCUACGGAAGACCCCGAACUGAGCGCGACUGUCGCCGAUAUUGUCACUCGCAUCAAUUCUUCUCACUCCACAUUAGCUCACCAACCAGUCGUAUUCUUGAAGCAAGACAUUGACUUUGCCCAGUAUCUUGCAUUGCUGACGAUCGCCGAAGGCCUUAUGAUCACCAGCUUGAGAGAGGGAAUGAAUCUUACCAGCCAUGAAUUUAUCUUCUGUCAAGAUGGUAAAUUCUUUUCCCGCACGAAACAUGCUCCACUUAUUCUUAGUGAGUUUACUGGUUCUGCGACCGUGUUUGGGAAGGAUGCUUUACUCGUCAAUCCGUGGCAUUAUACUCAAUGUGCUGAAGCAAUCAAGAUAGCACUUGAUAUGUCGAUUGAAGAGCGGCAGCGUCGCUGGAAGAUCAUGUACGAUAUCGUUGGUCAGCACAAUGCUAUUCAGUGGUAUGAGUUGUUCAUGAAAGCCCUGGAUCAUGCCUGGAGGGAGCACUCCGUUCGCGAUUCAACAUCGGUCCCACGCCUAUCAGUCUCCGGCACAACGUCGAAGUACCAGAAGGCAAAGAAACGCCUGAUCAUUGUGGAUUAUGAAGGUACACUUGCAUCCUGGGGCGCUCCGACUGACAUCAUCUUGACAACUCCUAAACGAUCAGUCGAUUUGCUGAACGAUUUGGUUGAAGAUAGGAAGAAUAUUGUGUAUGUCAUGAGUUCAAGGAUGCCCGAGGAAAUGGAACGACUUUUCAGCCAAGUUUCGGGGAUUGGGAUGAUUGCUGAAAAUGGGGCAUUUGUGCAAGAACCUAGCACGGAUGAGUGGACCGAAUUGACCGACCUGGAGGAAGUCAAGACCUGGAAAUCAGGCGUUAAAAGCAUUCUUCAGUAUUACGUUGAUAGGAUUGAGGGAAGCCGAAUCGAAUCCCGGCAUUCAUCUAUCAUCUUUGACUAUGCCGAUGCAGAAGACGUGGCAGGGGCAUUCAAACAAGCCGGAGAAUGUGCGAACCACAUCAACGACGCAUGCCGGAAUCAACAUGUCAGUGCAGUGCCCAUUGAAGAUGGCUUGUAUAUCUCAGAAAUGAAUGUCAACAAGGGCUUGGCUGCACAAAUGAUCAGUGACAGGCUAGAAAAUGAAGUCAACGGUACCAACCAAGGCCUUCCGGAUUUCCUACUCGUCAUUGGUGAUUCCCGGGAGGAUGAAUAUGUCUUCAACUGGGCACACAAGCUAGAAAAGGCGGGCAAGAUCAAGGACGUAGUGACAAUCACGCUUGGAGCUAGGAGUACAGAAGCGUCGGCGACCUUGACGCAGGGUGUAACCGGUAAGCCGAACUUUCCCAUUCCAGCUUUCAUUGCAUUUUCUAACCGGAUUCUAGGUGUGUUGUCCAUCCUGGAGAAGCUGGUGAAGUCUGGAAGUCCCAAGCGGAUGAAUGGGGCAUUGAGGUGA